UUACCACUGAUGAGUUGCAGAAACAAAGUCGCUUUGGAUUUGCUGCAUUUGCAACUCGAUCUUUCUUUUUGCUGACAACGAUGAUGGACCAGAGCAAGUCCAUCUUCACUUCUUUCUUUGUGCUGCUCCUUCUUCUUCAACUUCUGUACCUGGAGCCCAUUACAGCUCAAGAAGUUGAGGACGAAAGUGAAUUUAAUUAUCUGAUUGAUAGUGAGAAGGGUCCAAAGCAUUGGGGAGAGCUUCAUGAAGAAUGGGCAGCAUGUAAACAUGGGACACUGCAAUCUCCGGUUGAUUUGCUGAGUGAGAUCGUGGAAGUACACCCUAACAAAGGGGAGGUGAGACUCAAAUACAAAGCUUCAAAUGCAACAAUCCGGAAUAGAGGCCAUGACAUUUCGAUCCAGUGGAAGCUAGGUGAUGCUGGAUCCAUGGAGUUGAAUGGCACAGAUUACUUGCUAGAUCAAUGUCACUGGCACUCACCAUCUGAGCAUACAAUUAAUGGUAAAAGAUUUGACAUGGAGCUUCAUAUGGUACACCUAAUCCCUGAUGCUGAUGUCAAAAACAACAUAGUUGUGGUUGCAUACCUCUACAAAAUUGGCAAGCCUGAUAAGUUUCUCUCCGAGGUAAGCAAGGAUAUCCGUACCAUGAUUGAUGUAAAGGAAGAGAUCCACAGAGGGGUGGUUAAUCCUAGAGAUGUGAGGAAGGGUGGCUCGAAAUUUUACAAGUACAAAGGCUCACUCACUGUACCUCCUUGCACUGAAGGAGUAACUUGGAUCAUACACAGAAAGUUGACUACUGUUUCAAAAGAGCAAAUGGACUUACUUCGAGAAGCCGUUCAUGAUUCCGCAGAACUGAACGCAAGACCAUUACAAGCUCUCAAUCGCCGAGAUGUGCAUUUCCAUGGCCAUGAGUCUCGCGUAAGGGACUGAGGACUUGCUUCCACAGACAUACCAGCUGCAUCAACUUUACAAUGUACAUGAAUUUGAUUUGAUUGACGACAGAGGCUUUUGUGUAAUAAGAUGUGCAGUUCAAAUUCGUAUUGGCAAUAGACAUAUCCAUCAAAGUAA